AUGAAGAAAAAACAGGAACAAAUAAAAGAUGUCUAUAUUCCUGAAUUUGUUAAUGUGGCUAACCUUUCAAGAGUGCUAGGGGUUAGGAUUGAACAAGUGAUAAGAACAAUGGAAGAAUUAGAAAUGGGGAAUGCAUUGCAUGAUAGAAUGCUUAAUGCUGAAGAGUCAAGUCUUAUUGCAAUGCAGUUAAAUAUGAAUCCUAUUGUAGAUUCAAAACAAUCGCUUGAUUUAUAUCCACGAUCAAAUCCUGUAGAUCCUAGCUUAUUAAUGGAUAGACCACCUAUUGUUACUAUAAUGGGACAUGUCGAUCAUGGGAAAACUACACUUUUAGAUUCACUCCGUAAGACAUCAGUAGCUGCAGCUGAAGCAGGUGGCAUUACACAGCAUAUUGGUGCUUUCUCAGUCAAGUUACCAUCAAAUAAGACAAUUACAUUUUUAGAUACACCUGGUCAUGCCGCUUUUUCAGCCAUGCGUCAAAGAGGUGCACAAGUAACGGAUAUUGUUGUUUUAGUAGUAGCGGCUGAUGAUGGUAUUAUGCCUCAAACAAUAGAAGCUAUUGAACAUGCACAUGCAGCUCAAGUACCUAUUGUUGUUGCUAUUAAUAAAUGUGAUAAACCCGGUGUAGAUCCAACACAUGUGAAACAAGAAUUAAGUCGAUACAACGUUCAUCUGGAAGAAAUAGGAGGUGAUGUACCCUGUGUUGAAGUUUCAGGUUUAACAGGGAAAAACUUGGAUCAGUUAGAGGAAACGAUCAUUACGUUAUCUGAAGUUUUAGAACUCAAGGCAGAGAGAGUGAAUGAUGCAGAAGGUAUCGUGAUUGAAUCAGAGAUUGAAAAGGGUCGAGGUAAUGUGGCUACUGUACUUGUUAAACAAGGCACUUUAAAAGUUGGUUCGGUGAUCGUGGCGGGACAAACAUGGUGUAAAGUACGUUCUAUGGUUGAUCAUCAAGGAAAAUCUGUCAAAUCAGCUACACCUGGUAUGCCUGUAAAAGUCAUUGGUUGGAAAAAUAUUCCCCAUGCAGGUGAUGAAAUGUUAACUGCAAAAGAUGAGAAUUUAGCUAAAACUGUAGUAGAAAAUCGUGUUGCACGACAUGAAAGAGACCAGCAAUUACGUGAUUUAGAAGUCAUUAAUGAUAAACGUAGAAAACAAAGAGAGCAAUUAGAGCAAGAACAAGAAUUCGAUACAACAUCUGAGGAGAAAAAUGAUAUGUUGGAAUUUAGAGCUGUAGUCAAAGGUGAUGUAAGUGGUACAGUAGAAGCUGUCGUAAAUUGUCUCGAAGAACUUAAAAAUAAGCAGAUCAGAGUUAAAGUUAUACAUAGUGGUGUUGGCAAUAUUUCGGAAAGUGAUUUACAACUUGCUGCUGCCAGUGACGGUCAAGUGAUAGGAUUUAAUGUAAAAGCAGACAAGAGAAUUCAAGCCGAGGCAUCUAAACUUAAUGUGCCAAUCAAAUCUUACUCUGUUAUUUAUAAACUUCUAGAAGAAACUAAAGAUGAAUUGAGCAAUAUGCUUCCUCCCAUUAUGUCUACACAAGUUAUUGGUGAAGCAGCAUUACUACAAACAUUUGAAAUUAGUACUAAAGGAAGAGAAACUCGUUCAGUAGCAGGUUGUCGUAUUACGAAUGGUGUAAUUCAUAAGAAUAGUCGUGUACGAAUCGUACGUAAUAAAGAGAUAAUUUGGGAAGGUAACAAAAUAAUAAUGAUAAUAAUAUUGACUAAAAAAGAUAUCUCAGAGGCCAAGAAAGGUUUAGAAUGCGGUAUGUCUUUUGAUGGGUUUACUGAUUUCCAACCCGGAGACAUUAUUCAAAGUAUACAAACAAUUGAAACUAAGCAAAAAUUGUAA